UUAGCUAAUUUUGCUAGAUACAUUUAUCAUACUAUUAAUAAAAAAUACGCAAAAACUUACUUUCAGCUGAUAUCACGAUAACUUAAAAUAAUUAUUAUUUUCUGAAAUAAUGUAUAGAACUCUAUUUGCUAAAAUUUUUGUAUUCACAUUCAGCGCUUGGAUAUUGUGCGCCUCUGAUAAUGAAAAGGGUUUAAGCUAUAACGUGAAUAAUGGGGCAAAAAAUGCGCAAAGUGGUCUGCAGUUAGGAGUAGCCAGAUUGCUUUCAGAAAGAGAUUUAAAUUCAGAAAUAGAUGAUAGCAGUUUUGAUAGAUUAUCAAUUGCAAGUGAAAGAGAUGAAAUAGAUGAAAGGGCAGAUGACCUGGACUCACGUUCUUUCAGUUUUGAUGACGCUGAAGAAUUGGACCCAGAAUUAGAGUCAUUUAAAGAAUAUGUAAGACAUGUAGCAAAGAGUGAUAAAUCUUUUAAGGAAAAAUUUGAAGAUACAAAAGAUUAUAUCAAAAAGAUGGACCCAAUGACAAGAAAAAAAAUUAAAAGAGAAAUCAAAGACAGGGUAAACGAAAGCAGACGUAUGAAUCAUCGAAGAAAAUGCUCGAAAUUGCAAGGUUUAUGCAAAGACUUGUAUAGAGAUAUACAGUACGAUGAUUACAAAAUGAUGGUUAGAAUGAACAAGAUGGAAAAGAAAAUGUCACUUCUUUUCGUCGGAAUCAGUGUUAUAGCAGCCGUUUUAACCUUCUUCUUGUUCCCAUUUGAAUUAAUUUCCUGCUCUAGUGGACUCCUCCUUAUGGGGAUAGUUUUAAUUUACUUACUCUUCAAGAAAAUGUAAGCAGGACAUGCGACG